AUGGGACUCUUCGGAAAAGAAUCAACUCCCACCACGAAGACUGGCGAAGAGCAGCCGAAGAAGUCGCUCUACCAACGCUACCAAGACAAAAAGACCGGCCGUAACACAGUCAUCUCGGACGAGGAUCUCCUGAAGUACACCGGCAAGCGCAAAGACGAGAUUAACGACUGGGCGAAAGACCGUCCCGGCGUUGCAGGGAACCGGGCUGCAGGAACUCUGGCGGCGGGCCCCGCCUCCGGCUUUGGUGGGCUAGCUACGGCGGAUGGAUACGGUGGAUGGGGUAUGGGUGCUGGGUCUGUCCCCAAACACCCGCCACGGCCGAGUCAGAAAGUACAUGAAGAUACCCAGUCUCCCAAAUAG